UGGCCGUUUGAAGCUCUCAAACUCCAACGAAAGACAAUAAAGAUAGAAACUUUCUCCCCGUCCCAACUUCAUAAACCCCUCUGCUUCGCUCCUCCUUCAAUGCAUCACUCUCUCUCUCUCUCUCUCUAUCCCCAUCUUCCUCUCUCUCUCUCUCUCUCUCUCUCUCUCUCUCACUCACUCACAAACCCCAUCUGGAAGCAACCUCUGCGUCUGUUCGUUCAACCUCUGCUCCGUUGAAUAAGUGAACAGAGUCGGGGUCGACAGGGGAGAGCGGAGGAGCUAAAGCAGAGAAAGACUACGAUGACGGGGCUAGUGAUGGUGACGAAGGGCGGGGGCUGCGGAGGCGGGGGGAGCGCCAAGAGGGCCAAGACGGCCGGGCCGAGCAGCAUGGAGGAGGAGGAGGAGGGCCAGGUGUCGGUGGUGGAGGUCCUGCUGUCGGCGCUCCGGAAGUCGAUGGCCUCGUGCCGGGUCGAGCGGGGCGAUGAUGGGGUCGUCCCGGCGGUCCAUCAGCACCACAUGGAGAUCGGGUGGCCCACCAACGUCCGCCAUAUCACCCACGUCACCUUCGACCGCUUCCAAGGCUUCCUCGGCCUCCCUGUCGAGUUCGAGGUCGAGGUCCCCAGUCGGGCACCCAGUGCUAGUGUCAGCGUUUUCGGUGUCUCGGCAGAAUCAAUGCAGUGUUCCUUUGACUCGAAAGGAAACAGCGUCCCUUCCAUCCUCUUGCUAAUGCAGGAGCGUUUGUACUCACAAGGCGGUCUAAAGGCUGAAGGAAUUUUCCGCAUAAAUCCUGAGAAUAGCCAGGAGGAGCACCUCAGGGACCAGCUUAACCGAGGAAUCCUUCCCGAUGACAUCGAUGUGCACUGCCUGGCUGGCCUGAUCAAGGCUUGGUUCCGGGAGCUGCCUUCUGGGGUUCUCGAUGGGCUUUCGCCUGAACAAGUCUUGCAAUGUAACACUGAGGAGGAGUCGGUUGAGCUUGUGAAGCAACUAAAGCCAACCGACGCGGCACUCCUCAAUUGGGCGGUCGAGCUCAUGGCAGAUGUGGUUGAGGAAGAGGAGUCCAACAAGAUGAAUGCAAGGAACAUUGCUAUGGUCUUCGCCCCGAAUAUGACUCAGAUGUCCGAUCCAUUGACUGCACUGAUGCAUGCUGUCCAAGUGAUGAACUUGCUCAAGACCCUGAUCAUGAAAACAUUGCGAGAGCGCGAAGAGGCUGCAAGUGGAGGAUACUCACCCAUGUCAUCUCGUUCAUCCAAUCAGCGAUCUGAAUACAAUUACGAUUCCCAGCAAGAAGAGAUGGACACCAGCUGUGAGCUGAGAGGGGGGCCAGCAUCAGAUUACGAGGAUGAUCAAGCCGACAAUUACUGCUCUACUGAAGAAGAAGAAGAAGUAGAAGAAGAGGAAAUCGGGUCAUUGGGCGAAGUAGAAGAAUGUUUCUUAAGGCGAUUAGAUGAGACUGAGACUACUGCCCCUUCAGGGAAUAGUUUCUUGAAGAAACAGACGAGUGAAGAUUCUCAGAGCCUGGAGAGUUGCUCGGCAGUUAAUGCCGAGUCAGGUAUCUCAUUGACUGAUAGUGCCCAGAACGGGACUUCUUUAUUAACCACCACAAGUGAUGGAGAAGAAGACUCAGGGACGAGUAGGCUCAUCUCCGAAUCGAGAAUAGUUGAUUUGAAGACCCAGAUGAAGGAGCCCGAGGUGAUUCGUGAUGAGCAGAUGGUAGAAUCUUCCUCUCCCGUUCCAAUACUCGUCUGAUAAAUACUUAGCUGACUGAAGAUUGAUUGCUGCUAGAUUUUUUUAUCCUGCAUCUGUACAUCGUUAUAUAAUUCAUAGCAUGAGAGUUCAACUGUGACAGGCAGUGCCUUGUCGUGCAUGUCGGGUAGCAAAGAACGAGUUCAGCUCGGGGUUGAACUUGUGGUUUUGUUGUGUGUUUGUCCAUGUCGGGGAAGCGUCUGAACCCCUCUUAUCUUAGGAACAUGAUUUAACUUAGGUCUCGAAUUGUACUCUUUUGUUGCGCGUGUACUUGCUGAACUAAUUGGCGUGAGGCCAGCUCAUUGUUUGCGUCUGUUGAUAUUUGAAAUCACCGAUGCAACUCUUGGUGCUUCAUUGGCAUAUUUUUAGUUUAUAAUUUAAUGCUUCGGGGAAGUAGUUAAAUGAAGAAA